GUAAGAAUAUAAGAUGUUAGCAUAUUCUUAUUUAACUUUCUCACUCAAACCUCUCUUCAUUGUCUCUACUUUUUAUCUCUCUCUCUAUAAUUUCUCUCUUCUCUUGCAUCUCUACCUUGCUCUCACCACAAGGUAAAUAGAGAUGGCAGAGUGUAACAGAGAAGACUAUUUCGUUGCCAAUGACGUUGAGUCAACAUCUGCGGGCAAGAAGUAUGGUGGGCUUGUCCCAAAGAAAAAGCCUUUGAUAUCCAAAGAUAAUGAAAGGGCAUUUUUUGAUUCAGCAGACUGGGCAUUAUGCAAGCAAGGUGCUGGAGUGAAUCAACAAUCUACAGCAGCAGUAGAGACCCUGCGACCAAAACUACAGAAAACUCCACAUCAACAGCUUCCUCCAAGAAGACCUGCAUGCACAUCUGGUUGAAAUAAAUUUGGAAAUUAGGUUGAAUAAUUGGCACAAGGAUUUGCUCAUGAUGAAUCAAUUUUAUAAUGUCACGAUGUUUUAGCUGGUUUGAUUGUGAUGUAUAUUACCAUUAAUUCAUUUCAUGCUUUUGAUUAUUAGAACUUGAAUAAAAAUCCAUUUUAGUUCCUUUUUGCUUUCAAGGAAUUUUCAACUAUAUUUGACAUAACGUGGGGGUUGGGAUUUGAAAUGUGGUGGAUCCAAUUUCAAUAUCUCAUCUCAUGAAGAAAAUAAUUGUUGAGUGUUUAUGUAAAUACUAGUAUUAUUUUGUUAGUCUU